AUGGCGCGAGUAGGAAAACAACAUGGGCCCGGCCUAAUCAUCCUCGCGAUAAUCCCCGUCACAGCCUUCAUACUAGGAUGCUGGCAAGUGCAGCGUCUGGGCUGGAAAACCGAAUUAGUCGCCCGCUUUGAAGAUAGAUUGACCUUCCCGCCUCUCGAACUCCCGCUACGAAUCGACCCGGCUGCAAUUCAGGAUUUUGACUAUCGCAGGGUCUAUGCGAGGGGCGUGUUGAGACAUGAUCAGGAAAUGUUGAUUGGGCCGCGGAUUUUGGAUGGCGAAGAGGGGUACACGGUUGUUACGCCGCUCGAACGGCGGGAUGCGCGCGGCAAUGUGCAUAAGAUAUUGGCGUGUAGGGGGUGGAUCAAGAAGGACGCUGCGCCGCAGUGGUUUCGCAAGAAGAAUGGGGCGUUGCCUGAGGGUGAGGUUACGAUUGAGGGCUUGUUGAGGAUACCGCCCAAGGGCAACAUGUUUACGCCGAAAAACGAGCCGGAAAAGGGAAAGUGGUUCUUUCCCAGUGUCGAGGAGAUGGCCGAGUAUAGCGGGAGUCAGGCUGUGUGGGUGGAGGAGACGAUGACGCCUGAUUUGCUCACAAAUUAUGAACGUGAACCCAAGGGCGUACCGAUUGGUAGGGCGCCCACCGUGAACCUACGAAACAACCACACGCAGUACAUCUUCACAUGGUACGCGCUCAGUUUCGCGACCUCAGUCAUGUUUUGGAUGGUCGUCAAGAAGCCCAUGUCGGGCACCCAACGGAGAGUACGCCACAGCGUUGAUUGGUCGUGA